UAUUUUCCGAAUUUCCUAAACUGAAUAGUUCUGCUAUGCUCUUCUCAGGCAUUGGGACUGAAUUCAUCCCAAUUCCAAAGUGUCCAGAAGUCUCUAUUCCGAUAGAUUUCGCUGCCAGGAUGAAGUUGGGCUAUUUCGUCAUUGCCGUGUUGGUCUUCGGAUCUGUUGCUGCUCAGUUUAACUAUGAAAACAUCGAAAAAAUUGUGUCGAAAUUGUGGAAGGACGAAUCGAUGGAGUUUCUGGGUCACCGAUGUGAAUACUACAGGUCCCCCAGCUUCAACAGAUGGAAACUGUAUCACAAGGCGACAGUGAUGUGUCCCGGCUGGACCACCAUCAUCGGACAAGCUAAGAAGAAGAGUCGAAUAGGAUCUUUGAUCCACGCCAAGAAGGACUUCGUGGAGAAGGCUCUAAGAGCAGGCAUUGGGACUGAAUUCAUCCCAAUUCCAAAGUGUCCAGAAGUCUCUAUUCCGAUAGAUUUCGCUACCAGGAUGAAGUUGGGUUAUUUCGUCAUUGCCGUGUUGGUCUUCGGAUCUGUUGCUGCUCAGGAUAGCUAUCAAUACUUCGUCGAAAAAAUUGCGUCGCAAUUGUGGAAGGACGAAUCGAUGGAGUUCCUGGGUCAUCGGUGCGAAUACUCCAGGGCCCCCAGCUUAUACAAAUGGAAACUGUAUCACAAGACGUCAGUAAUGUGUCCCGGCUGGACCACCAUCAUCGGGCAAGCUAAGACGAAGAGUCGAAUGGGAUCUUUGAUCCACGCCAAGAAGGACUUCGUGGAGAAGGCUCUAAGAGCAGGUUAG